AUGGCGAAACCAUCACCACGCAAAGUGCAUCGUCGCAAAAAGGUGGUGCACCGUCGAAAGCGCAGAGUGGACAAACCAAAAAGAACCCCCAGCACUGUCGGCAACCGUAGCUCCGAUGGUAACCAAGCGGGGCAUGAUGGGAAGAAGUCGACCGGGAAUCGCCUUCCUCCAUCUGAAAACCCACAAGAAGAACAAAAUGUCUUUGAGAAUACCAAAAUGCCCGCGGGAUAUUGUUUCGUGCCCAAAGGGGAUGUGUACAUCACACGACAAUGCCGGCUCAAGACAAAAGCAUCCGAUCGGAUCGUUUACAAAAUCUACAACAAAACGGGUAAACGAUCGCUUGGCAUCAGAGUCCCUUUGGAUGUCUACCAGGAAGUUCUCAACUUGUCAAAGCAAACCGAAGAGUCUCGUGCGGUUGCCAUGAAAGCCCGUGAUGCCAAAUUCCUCGAUCAAGGCCGGCAACUUCUAAAAGAACAGUUUCCAUUCAUGCCGGAAGAGACUCUCGACACUAUCCUUGAACACGCUUUUUGCAAAGGUUCCGGUCGGGUGGGCCGCACCGGCACCAUCUCUGACAGCCACAAGGCUCAAUUGGCCGUGGAGGCUCAUGUACGCCAUGAGUAUACGCCAUAUGAACAAUUGCUGGCAGGGGGCAUGGAACGCCCGGCAGCCCGCAAGAAAGUCUGGGAUACGGUGCAAGCCGUUCGGAGGGCAUGGGAAGGGAAGGAGUCGAAGAAUACCCUUGCCUGGCUGGUCAGGGGCCUCUCCUUACUCCAGAAUGAUCUGAACCGUCGCCAAGCGGCUGCACGUGGGGAAGACCGGCCGCGAUAUUUGUAUCAGUCUUCUUUUCGAAACAAGCCCGACUUGGCUUUGGAGGAGCAGUUGUCUCGCGCAUUUCAGGAAAUCGAGCGCCAGCAAUUAUCACGACAUGAUGAGGAGGAUGGUCCGCACACGAUAUGGCAGAUCAUGCUGGGCCAGAGUUUAGAUACCUUUAUGAGAGGGGACGAUUCUCUCAAGUUUGAGGAAAGGAAUUCAGAAUGGAAGUACAAGCUUGUCACAACCGAAUGGGCGGAAGAAUUCGUCACGAUUACUCUGGGCUCUAUCCCGGGCCUGGCUCGUCUUUUUCAUUCGUACCCCCACCACGUUCUGCGCGCAGAUCUCCUGCGAUAUUUGAUCCUCUGGUACUAUGGCGGCUACUAUGCCGAUACCGACGUGUUUCCCGCCAAAUCCAUCAACGACUGUCCAUCACUCCAGCAAUCAGUCUUUCAAACCGACACGCCGAAUGUUUCACUAGUGGUGGGGAUCGAAAUCGAUGAGCCAUUCGCCUCGCCACAGAAAAUGCACGACUGGCAUUGGGUACGCAGUUACGGCUUCAUCCAAUACACCUUGUAUGCCCCACGCCGAUUCAGCCCGCUCUUACGCGAGAUCAUCGUGCGAGUUCUGUCUCACACCAAACGCCAUGUCGAUGAGAGUUCCUUCCUGUGGGGUGCCAAAUACAAUGAACUCACGACCCUUGAAAUCACCGGUCCCGGGGUAUUUACCGACACAAUCUUAGACGUCCUGUCAAAGACAUUACCGGAGAACCACCCAGUAAUCCUGAAUUCACUUCAAGCAGAUGAAGGCCUGGGAGAUCUUGUGCCGCCAUUCUCCACCAUCCCCCAGGCGCGGGUGACGUGGGCUCCAUUCCACCGGAUCACCUCGCCGCUUUGCAUCGAUGGCUCCGAAGCCAAGCCGGGCAAGAGCUUUGGAGGUGUUUGCGUUCUGCCCAUCAACGCAUGGGGAAACGGACAAAGACACAGUGGAGCGGAGAAUUUCCUUAGUGCUCAUGCUUGCAUCAACCAUCGGUUUGGCGGGACAUGGAAGCCUUGGAGGACCAGCUGGAAAAAAUACCUUUUUGGAAAGUGA